AUGUCUGCGCCCGUGUGCCUUAUCCCACUUCAUCUCGCCGGUGCUUAUUCAGCGGCAUUACCAACAACUUAUGGUAUUCAACCAAUCUAUUAUCAACAGCCACCAACGACAACUUUAUUAGCAACAGCUGCAACACCUCAAACACUAAGUACAUUAAUACCAAAUCAAACAACAACAACAGCAGCAUUAAAUGGUGCUCAUACUUCACAAAAUCAGAAUAAUGGCGCGCCAUCGUAUUAUGAAUUAACGUAUGCUACGGCUCCGCUAACGUCAGCAUCGAUUGAGCAACCAUCGUAUAUCUACGCUACUGCUCCUGGUCAAACAUUUUCUUAUGCACAAUUACCAACGGGUACGAGUCAACAACCAACAGGUCCGACGAGCCUCAAUGAUGUUUAUGCAACGCAUGCAGCGAAAUAUAUGAUCGACGAUCACAGUGGAGCAGUCGAUCGUGAUCAUCAUCAACGCGCUGCAGCUGGAUGGUGA